AUGGAGUGGCUAGCCAUCAUCAUACUUUGUAUCCAGUUUGGGUGGAUUUCACCCUGCGUUUUUGACAAAGUAGAGGUCGUACCGGGUUUGGUAUAUCAAGAGAUGAUCAAGGACGAGAGUGGGUGCUUUGCUGCAUGCUACGAGAACAACACGUGCAUUGCACUUGCUUACAGAAAAAGCACACGUACAUUCCUGAAGAUAAGCAUGAAGUUUCUGCUUUUUCUAAGUCUCCUGGGAGCUUGUUUAUCAGUACUAACGAGUGCGCAACCUGGAGAAUCAGAGAAAGAAUACAGAUGGCCCAGAUGGCCACCACUACACCCAUACGUAUGCUGCAAACCAAGGUGUCUGGAAGUCAGAUUUGAAGAGUACCAGAGAUACAAGCCCCCAAGCCCGUUGUUCGAUUCGCUAAAAGAAUGCGAAAAAUAUUGCUCUUCCAUAAGAUUUAAUGCCUCGAUUGUGAAGGAUUGCGACGAUUUUUAUGACAAAACGAUAGUACCGGGAUUGAAUUUGGAUUUUUAUUAA